GAUAUAGUUGCAGCUGGCUAUUAUAUAUACUAACAAUUAAGGAGGAUAGAAUGAAAGUUGUUAAAUAGAGAUAGUUAGUUAAUCCACUUAGUAUUGGACACUUUGCAUGAAUCUGUGAAUGUUCAAAGUUCAAUCCUUGAUAUUUCUUAUCAUCAUUAAUUGUACAUAAUCCAUUAAUACUUAGGCCAUUUAUCUUUUCAAUCUCAGAGGAUCAUGGAAGAUGUUGCCAGCUCCGGCAACUUACCAUUUAAAGUAACCGCCGUCGCUGCCGGGGAAGCACAUACUCUCCUUCUCACUGGGGAUGGCCGUGUAUAUUCUUGGGGAAGAGGAACAUUAGGAAGACUUGGUUUGGGUUCAGAACAAGACCAACCUUUUCCAGCUGAAGUAAAGUUUGGAUCACAAGACUCUGUUAGAAUAGUAGGAAUUGCUGCUGGUGCUUAUCAUAGUCUAGCUCUUGCAGAUGAUGGAUCUGUUUGGUGCUGGGGUUACAAUUUAUAUGGAUAUUAUUCUGUAGUUCCUUGCUUAUUGAACAAGUUUCUUGAGUUGCAUCCCCCAGAUUCUUCAGCCUUAUUGUUAGAAGAAACAGAAGGGAGAACACCACUAAAGAUAAUCUCUAUCAAAGCAGGAGGAAUGAUGUCACUAUGUAUUGACAAUCUUGGUGCCCUAUGGAUGUGGGGAAACUGUCCUAAUCAAAGCAAAGAAGGUAUAUUCUCAAUAGUAAGCAAUUUCACUCCAACACCAGUUUGGGAUUUCCAUGGUCACACAGUAGUAAAAGUUGCAUGUGGAAAUGAACACAUUAUAGCACUAGUAAGCAUUGGAGAAUCAUACAAUGGUGAAAAUGAUGAUCUCAUUUGUUACUCUUGGGGUACAAACAAUCAUGGUCAAUUAGGCUUAGGUGAUAAAGAAAAUAGACCAAAUCCAGAAAUUGUAAAAACAUUUGAUCAAAAUUCUCAUUGGUCAAUUUAUGAAAUAGCAUGUGGUGCUUUUCACACUGCUUUGUUAACUCAUAGAAAAAGACCUAAUGAUGAUACAUUAGAGAGUGUUUGUUGGACAUUUGGUCUUGGUGAAAAUGGACAACUUGGUCAUGGAACAACUCAAAGUUCAUUAAUUCCUGAACUUGUUCAAGAAUUGCCAAAAUUUAUAAACCUUGUUUCUAUUGAUUGUGGUUUGUUUCAUACUUGUGUUGUUUCGUCCGAUGGAGAUGUUUGGUCGUGGGGAAUGGAGAAGGGUCUUGGUUUAUAUCCGGAUGCGCGAGUUGUUGGUGAAUAUUCUAGUGACGCUCUUUCUCCGCUUGUUGUAAGUAAUCCUUAUGAGGCUAAAUUUUUUGAACCGGUUCAAGUCGCAUGUGGCGCAGCUCACACUGUUAUUGUUGCUCAAGAGGGAUACAGAAUUUGGUCUUUGGGAAGAGGAAGAAGUGGUGUUCUUGGAAAUGGUAAGGUAAUUGAUUGUUAUACUCCUAAUUUAGUAUUAUGGCCUCCAUUGAUGGAAGAUUUUCAUUUCAAACAAGAGGAAUCGUCGAGUUGUCGCGAACAAGAUAAGGGAAAAGAAGAAGACUGAAGGAGUAGUAGAAAACAUGAGAAAUUAUGAUCAUUAGUAUACUUCAUGAAUUUAUCUUUGCAAAACCUUUUGAUGAACAAGAUAUACAUGUUUCAUUGAAAAGUAAAGAGUAAAGCAUUCUUAUCAAAGUAUACCACAUACAAGUCAAUAAGCCAAUAUCCAUGAGAGUAUUUGUGGCCUAAUUAUUUGUUGUAUCUAGCUUUUCCAGUAUAUCCAUGAGAGUAUAAUUACUUGCCUUUAUUAGGUGAUUGAGUUUUGUACAGAAAUUGAGUAUAGUGUACAAUUUUUUAUGUAAGAAAAGUCUGUGGUAUGAUAUAUUAUUAUGUAUUUUUUUUUAU